AUGUCUCUGUCGCGGUGGAAGCCACAUGCGACAUUCAGCCUAAGUGGCUAUGGCUCCGUCCAAAAAGAAACAUACUGUAACCAGUGUAUGCGACACUUCGUAUCCACCGAUGCCCUCGAGGAGCAUUUCCUAGACUCCAAAUUCCACUUCUACUGCAAACUCUGCGUGCGACAUUUCCAUGACAGCAAAUCCCUAGAAAACCACCACAAGACCAGUCGCAACCACUACCACUGCGUAAAAUGCAACAUUUCGGUGGCCUCGCAGGCGCAGCUAACCGAACAUUACCUAGAGAAGCAUGCCUUCUGUGUUCUUUGUAAAAAGCUCUUUGAUGACGAGAGCAAAUUACGCGAGCACCUUUCCGGUAGCCAUCAUGUCUGUUGGGAUUGCAAUGUUUUCUAUACGACUGAAAAGGAACUCAAGGACCAUUUUGCCAGACUCAAGAAGCAUCCAUAUUGCUCUGCUUGUAAGGAAGGCUUUUCUGAUGACGAAGCGUAUUCAAGACAUUUGUCUGUCAGCAAGAACCAUUAUUACUGCAUUCAAUGCAAGCGCGACCACAAUAGCGCUGAGCAUUUACUCAUCCACUUCGAGUCGAUUGAGCACAAAGCCCACAAAUUGAUCAAGUGUCCCUUCUGCCCACGUACAUUCGAAGCACACAGUUCGCUCCAAAUCCACUUCGAAAUCGGCACCUGCGCCGGCAAGAGCAAGGCAAAGAAGGAAGAAGACUUCAAGAAACUCCUCAAUAAACACGAUAACCUCGAAAAACCUAUGAAGGUCAUCAACGACGUUGAUAGACCUCGUUACUACCUCCCAUACCAUGGAUACCCCAAGAAUGCUAUUGAAUACAGCUAUGAGCGGAAGGGCUCUGCUGAUAGCUGUGAAGUCGUUGAACCUGUAUUCAAGUAUAUAGACAGCAGGUCUAUGGAGUAUCUCAACUGUGGGGAACCCGGUGACUACGAGCGAGGCCGUCACCAUGAGAGCCACGAUCGAAGCCGAAGCCGAAGUCGCCCAAAUCCUAGCAGAAGCCGAAGCCGUCAUAGUCUAUAUUAUCGCGCCCGCAGCCAGAGCCGACAUCGUCCAUAUAGUUCUGAGGACUCAGAUGAUGGCUGCUCUGACUGGGAAGACAGACUCCGACAAUCGAGACUUGCUACGAAUCUUUCCUGGAAUGGCUACAAAUUCGAAUGUCCGAUCUGUUGUAAAACCUAUAAGACUUUGGAAAGACUGAACACCCAUCUUGCCCGCGAUCAUGAGUCGGAAUCUUACCGCUGUUCGGGGAGAAAUGGUUGUGGUAGAUCCUUUGCUACCAUUAGGGGGCUGAUUAGGCAUAUCGAAACCGAUGAUAAGUGCGGUAUGGGCAGAUGGAGGUCGUGGGGGUCGCCGAGUGUUGAAGAUUUGAGCAAACGGUUUAGGAUGAUCGAUUGUUAG